AUGGAUCUUCGCGUCGGUAACAAGUACCGCAUCGGCCGCAAGAUUGGUUCCGGCUCCUUCGGUGACAUCUACCUCGGCACCAACAUCAUUUCCGGCGAGGAGAUUGCUAUCAAGCUCGAGAGCGUCAAGGCCAAGCAUCCCCAGCUCGAGUAUGAGGCCAGAGUCUAUAAGUCACUUGCUGGCGGCGUCGGCAUCCCCUUCGUUCGCUGGUUCGGCACCGAGUGCGACUACAACGCCAUGGUCCUUGACCUUCUCGGUCCCAGUCUGGAGGACCUCUUCAACUUUUGCAACCGCAAGUUUUCUCUCAAGACCGUUCUGCUUCUUGCCGACCAGUUGAUUUCCCGUAUCGAGUACAUCCACGCCAAGUCCUUCAUCCACCGUGAUAUCAAGCCCGAUAACUUCCUCAUGGGCAUUGGUAAGCGCGGAAACCAGGUUAACGUUAUCGACUUUGGUUUGGCCAAGAAAUACCGUGACCCCAAGACACACUUCCACAUUCCUUACAGAGAGAACAAGAACCUGACCGGUACCGCCCGCUACGCCUCCAUCAACACCCACUUGGGUGUCGAGCAAUCCCGUCGUGAUGACAUGGAGUCCCUCGGUUACGUGAUGCUCUACUUCUGCCGUGGAUCCCUCCCAUGGCAGGGACUGAAGGCCGCUACCAAGAAGCAGAAGUACGACCGAAUCAUGGAGAAGAAGAUGACCACCCCGACUGAGGUCCUCUGCCGCGGCUUCCCCAACGAGUUCGCCAUCUACCUCAACUACACCCGAUCCCUCCGAUUCGACGACAAGCCCGACUACAGCUACCUCCGCAAGAUCUUCCGUGAUCUCUUCGUCCGCGAGGGAUUUCAGUACGACUACGUCUUCGACUGGACCGUGUACAAGUACCAGAAGAACGCUCAGGCCAUCGCCCAGGCCGCGGGAGCUACUCAGGAGGAGGACGAAAAGGCGCGGGCAUCUCGCACGAAUGCCGCUACUGCUGGUCAGCCGACCCCUCAGUCUGGCGCUAAUAAGCCUAACGCCCUUCCCAGCUCGCGCCGCAAAGUGAUUGAACGAGGAUCUGGUGUCGACACCCCGGAUACCAACCGUGCCGUCGGUGGAAGUGACAGGAUUUUGCGCUCGGCUACCAAGAGCGCUGGUCCAGCAUAUGGUUCGAGCUCCCAUCUGCCCAAGUGA